AUUCAGGCAUGUUUCAUUCUGAAAAGUCAAAAGUGACAUUCAUUUUGGGGUAGAUGAAAUAUGAAUGAGGCAAAUAUAGGCAAUCAGACGUUUUUGCAUCGCACGGCCUUGGAAUUGCUUCUUUUCUUAGUUUUUGCGUUGACAUUUUUUUAUUAUUUGGUAGUUAAAGUUGUAUCAGAGUUGCAGUUAGGUAAUUAAUUGGAUUGAUGUCCCCGUAUGAGUAGAUUUUGUGGUUAUGCAAAGUGCCUCAAAUUCUUAAUUUGAUCUUACAUUUAAUUCAGGUGCUUUGUGCUGUUUGGUGUUUUGCUCUAUGUAGGGUCUCCUUUGGAUCAAGUCGUGCAUCUCUUAAAUAGAACUUGGGAAUACUUUAAUCACACAUAAGCACUUACAUAGCUUUUAGCUUAUAUUAUGCGAAGGAGAUCACUUUUUAUAACUUUUAACAUGUUAUAUUGGCACUUAUCGUAACUUAUUCGAAUUUUGAAGUGAUUGGCAUAUAUGGAAGUACUUUUCAUCGUGAAUUUUUAAUAUCCUUAUCUGAGUUAGUGCCACUAAUCUGAAUGUAUGUCUAUUAAAAGAAAAGAACAAGGCCCCUAGAUAGUUUGUGGCAUUUCCCAAAACUUCUUGAGAAACGUAGUUACCUAGGAAGUAUAACUUCUUGUAUUCUACCAAAAGACCAUUUAGUGAACUCGUGGAAAAAAAUUAUAGUAAUUUCUUUCUUUCUGGUGGUACAACUUCGUAAUGGAGUUUGGUGGUUUGGUGUAUAAACACUGAAAUCUAACUUUCAUGAUCACCUUUCACUCAAAUUGAGAUCCUUAUUGAAGAUCGUACGGGAUUACCUGCCAACACACCAAUGAAUAGCAAAUUUUCUAAUUUGGGUUGGUCAAGUUUAAAACUAUUGAUAAUCAUGCGAAAAUUCUGAUUUCUUCUUAGCUCAGAUGUUUGCUUAUAUCGGUCAUUUGUCAGUCUUCUUAUAGUAAAUUGACUUAACUGCUUUUCAGCGGAGAUAGAGAGAGAUGUGCCCUUAUUAUAACCUAUAUGUAGUCCAAGCCCAAUUGUGUAUGUAUUGUUAAUAACUAUAAGUUCUUCCUUCAGCCAACUACCAGCAAAGAUGGUCGACUUGUGUGUGAUUCAUGUUGGAAGACAUAACAUUCUAAGUGAACAGAUAAGUUGGAAAACCUCAUUUACUCUGAAUCAGGAACCAGAAACCUUCUUCUCUCCUUUAAGAAUUUUGUGGUCAUUCUCUUAUAUAUGACCUCUAUGUGAACUUUACUUGCGUUCUUCAAUUUCCUCUCAGUGCCUACAAGCUUAUUUCUAGUAAUCUGGGACUGUGAGUCGAUUAGUUUUUGCUAAUAGAUGGGAAUAUUUAUUUUUGCGUGAAAUAGAUGGCAAUAUUUUGAACAUCCUAUUCAACCUCUUAUGACAGACGGAUGAAUGUGUACUUUGCAGGGGUUGUGACAUCAGCACAGCAUGCCCAAAAGAUUUAGGCUAAACGACAAUCAGGAAAAUGCUCAAGGAAAAAUUCAGUCUGUUUUUUCUCAAGCUGAAGAGAUUAGGUCCAAAUUGGAUCCGAGAUAUCCAAGCUUCAUUAAAGUUAUGCUGAAGUCACACGUUACUGGUGGCUUUUGGAUGGGACUUCCUGCAUCAUUUUGCGAGAAACAUUUACCACUUAAAGACACUUCCAUUACAUUGGAAACUCAAAGUAAGAAGCUUUAUAAGGCGAAAUAUCUUGUGAGAAAGGCAGGAUUAAGUGGCGGGUGGAAAGGAUUUGCUAUUUGUGAAAGGUUGUUUGUAGGAGAUGUUCUUGUGUUUCAUCUAGUAUCAGCUGCCAAGUUCAAGGUCUACAUAAUAAAAGAAAAUAACUUGACUGAGGUAGUUGGAGCUCUCUCUCUGCUAAAUAUGAAUAUUCGCGGUGAACAAAGUGAUCCUGGAAUCGGCAAGGGUAAAGACUUCCCUGAAGUUGAUCAGAGUACUAUGCAGUCACCUAAAAAAUUAAGAAUCAAUAAUACUGAAAGCUCAUCUAGCCUUGCUAAUAGUUUCCAGAUAUGUGACGUUACCGCUCCAAGUUCAAACACUCUCUCGACAUUUGAAAACUUUAGCAUUGUCAUCAACAACUUGCUAGACUACGAGCUUGCUGAUAAUAUCCAAUGGAGCUACUAUGAACUGUGUUGCAGCCAAAAUGGGCUGCUCCAUGACCAUCUUCCCAAAUGGAUGAACCAUAUAUUGGUCCAGGGAAUCAUAAUCGAGACUGUUACCAUUGCAGAUGCACUAAGGCAGUGUGAGCUCUCAACUUCCAAGGAUACAUUUGUACUUUGGGACAAGACUCUGAAUGCCCUUGAGCUUCUUGGCAUGAACAUUGGUUUUUUGCGUGCUCAUUUGGACCGUCUUCAAAAAAUUGUGCAUGAUCCAGAGGUAGCCACAUUUAGACAAAAAUGUUUGGAGCUAUGUUCUGAAAAUGCCCGUUCUAAAGAUAAGAUCAGGUGUCUUAAGGAAAAACUUGCUGAAAUGAAGAUUAUGCAUAAUAAACGUGGUGCUGAUAUCGAGAAUCUGAAAGCAAAGGUUGAGAAUCAUGAGCUCAAGUUUCAGGAGCAGGUGCAUGCUUUAUGGUGAAUCAUGAGCUCAAGUUUCAGGAGCAGGUACGCGCCUCAUGGUGAUGAUCGACUUGUUUUUCCAAAAAAGAUCCGGGAAGCCAUACUUAGUAACGGAGAACUAUAAAUGCCCGCAACCUUGUCCAAAAUUUUCAAAAACUUGCCAGGGAGUGGACAAAAAAUCUGAUCCCAGGUAGUGGACUAGAGUUGUAUAUUAUGGUAAUGUCAGUAGUUGCUUUCUUUUCUUUUGAACAACCAAAGUAUCCCGCCGCUGACGAUAGUGACUAAUUUCUUCGCCUCGGGUGCUCAACUUAAGGGUGAAGCGUUGGCCGAAAAUCUCUCCAUUCCAAAGGUUGAAGAUCAAACCCCUGCUCAAUAGAUUAAGGGAUGAAGUGAGCAACUAAAAUGCUAAUACCACUUACUUGGUUAUGUCAGUAGUUGCUUACUUGUUCGAAAUGCAUCCCUGUCUAUAUCAUCUAUGGUCUACGCUAUUGUUAUUUUGCAUCGCUUUUCCACUGAUUAAAUAGGUCUAGAGUAAUGUGUAUCAGUUCAUGUAUAUAUGUAUGUUUCUCAGUAUGAAGAAACAAUUUAGUAUGAUGUGCAAUAUAAAACCCGUCAGGAGACUAUUGGGUAUUGCUUUUCUGGAAAUAAAUUUGGUACCUACUAGAGAAGUAGAGAUAUUCAUUUCA